CGGAAGACAGGCACCCCCAGGCGUCCUACACAACUGAGUAAUUCUUGGAGAGUCAUACAGUCUUUUUUCCCAAUCACGUUGGAACUACUCAGCUUUCAUGUGUCAAUGUGGCUUAACUUGACCAAGAAUAACUCACAAUCCUUGGCGCAAACUUUCUAUCUGGAUCCUUCCAGAGGCAAUCCGUGACAGCUGAAAACAACAAAUUCGAUUAUGAAAACAAUAUUGAGUUAUGCCAGGAUUCCGUCUGCAAGGCUCGAGCACACCCAUCAUCUGACCUCAAACGCUCACCUAUCUGGUCCCAACUAUGGCAGCUCCUACCUCUGUUUCCCUUUCCCGGCUUGAUGGCAAAUAUGUCCUUAACAAGACCCUCUCAGACUCAGUUGUUUCACUGCUUGCACUUCAAGGGAUUUCCUGGCCAAUUCGCAAAGCCGCAUCAAUAGCCACGCCCAAGAUAUCAAUAAAGUCAGAGACUUGGGAUGAUGGUGUGAUCUGCAUCGAGAUUACCUCUGCAGUUUCUGGAAUGCCUGGGGGAGGUUCGACGGAAAAGUGCCAACUCGAUUGGAGCGAGUGGGAGAAGAAAGAUCCUAUAAUUGGCAACUACAAAGGAAAAAUGGGUUUGCAUAGUUUUGCUGAGCUCCCUGAGAAUGACUUCCUGAGAGGCAGGGUGGUGAAGGAUGGUGGCGAAGGGCUCGGUUGGUCUGAUGGGGAGGACGCCAAAUAUAUUGGAAUUGUGCUUCAAAGUAGCAAAGGUCGGUGGACAGGAGAGCAUAUUUGGGGAUUUGAAAUCAUCAACCAGGAAAGGAGGUACACAAGACGGAUGUUGAUCAAAAAGGGAGAGAAAGUUGAACUCGCUAGACUUGUAUAUGAUUACAUUGGGAUAGCAUAGACACUGGCUUCUUCGCAAGGAGAGAACUGCCUUCGAAAAUCAUCUAUUGCGC